CCAUUGCAUUAUAAGACCACGCCCUUCUUUCAAAAUGGGUCAAACACUUGUUACUGCAUUCAGUUCUAGUCCACCUGAAACGUUUUCAGUUGAUGAAUUGAACUUUUUGGAUGACAUACCGGAUCACCUGCACCUGGAGUGCCCAAUCUGUCUUCAAGUGAUGACUAACGAUCCUUAUAUUAUAUCCUGCUGUGGUAAUCAUUUCUGUGGUGCUUGCAUCAAUUCCUCGAAGAGAACAAACCCACAGUGUCCGCUAUGUAAAGCCUCCAAUUUUGAAGUAAUGAUUGACAAAGGAUUACAAAGAACCAUUAAUGGCCUAAGAGUGAAGUGUAUUUAUAACGAUAGUUCCUGUGAUUGGAUUGGUCAGUUACAAGGUCUCUCAGAUCACAUGAGCCGUGAUAAGAGACAGGGGGAGUGUCUCUAUCCUGUCGUAAAGUGUGGCAAUGGGUGUGGUCACAAGGACACCAGAUGGAAGCUGACUGACCAUGAAGGGAAUCACUGUAUUAGGAGGACAGUGUCUUGUACCUAUUGUUUGGCAACAGGGGAACACAGGGACAUCACCACAUCUCAUUUGGGGGUGUGUCCACUCUAUCCCAUCCCAUGUCCCAAUAAUUGUAGGCCGGGGCUUAAGUUGCCACGGAAACAAAUGAAAAAGCAUUUAAGCGAGAAGUGUCCGCUAGUUGAUGUCCAGUGUGAUUACAAGUGGGCGGGGUGCAAAUGGAUUGGUUUCCGUGGUGACCAUGAAAUCCAUGCAGAGAGAUCAGAGAGUGAACAUCUAUUACUUGUAUCCAUGGCAACAAAGACAUUAACAGAAGAGAAUGAAGAUUUAAAGAAGGAAAUGAAAGAAAUGAAGACGGUGGUAGCAAAGAUGGCACGGGAGGUAUCAAGACAAGGGAAAGAGAUUGAGGAACUUAAAAAGAACAUGAUUGUUUUGCAAAAUAAACCAAUCAGACUUAAAUGAUCUUUUAAUGCUUAGAAAAUUUCAAUCAAUACAUUUAUAAUGACCUUAA